AUGAAAGGCCAACUGUAACCAGACAUAACUGGCCAUCAUGGGAAAACUGAUCAGGAUGGGGACACAGGAGAGGCGGUUACUCAGACCAAGGAGGCUUUAUUGGAGUCGCUUCCUUUUCCUCUUGGGAAUGUUGAUCAUCGGUUCCACUUAUCAGCACCUGAGGAGACCCCAGAGCCCCCCCUCAGUGUGGACAAAAGUCUCUUCCCAGCAGCCUAUUAAACUGUUCAGCAGGGACCUCCCCAGUGAUGAGAUGACAGUGGUGGGCAGUGACCCUCUAGAGGCUAGCUCUGAAGUGGAGGGUGAGGGGAUGGCACCCCAAGACUCAGUGAUCGGGGCUGAAGUAACACCUAGCUUAACAAUGGAGGACACCCCCAGUCCACCCAGAACAACCAAGAUCACUCCAAAAAAUAACAAUAGUCCUAUAACUGCUGGCACAGAAAGAAAAAGGAAAAACGUUCCACUCACAUACAGCAGAGCGCCAAAUCAUGUCAUCUCAACUUCAGGCAGACAGAGGGUAAAAAGCUAUACCCCAGCACCCAGGGGAGAAAGGAAGAACUCCAGCCCGACUCACGCCAGGGAAAAAGGAAGAAUGGAUAGCCCAUCCCCAGCAGAUGCACUGUCAGCCACCACCCCCGCAGCAACAGAGAAAGGCAGUGAAGCCAUGGCAACCUGGAGGAUAUUGGAGACCAGAUCUCCUGAGAGAACAGUAGAAGAAAGCACUGCAGCUUCUCUCUUGGGCAGCAUCCCAGAGACCAUGGAAGGUUCUACUGCUGUCCGGAGAAUUAGCAAACCCCUGUCCAGAACCAACCCACCAGCCAUUAGUGCUGCCUUAGCAACCAACAGGGAGCUGGCAGAGAGACCUUCCACAGCGCACAGCACCCCAGUAACUCCCGAAGUCAAGGCAAUCCUGACCACACAGGUCCACCGCUGUGUGGUUGUGGAGCCAGCUGUACCCAGGUCCCCAUCUCCGAGCGUGACAGACAUCCUGUUCCCAGAUGUGCCCAGUUCCAGUCCCUCAGCAUUGCCACCUGGCUGGCCAAACACCCACCCUAAGGCAGAGUACCCCCCAGACCUGUUCAGUGUGGAGGAUCGGCGACAGGGCUGGGUGGUCCUCCACAUCUUUGGCAUGAUGUACGUGUUUGUGGCCUUGGCCAUCGUGUGUGACGAGUACUUUGUCCCAGCCCUGGGAGUCAUCACGGACAAGCUGCAGAUCUCCGAGGAUGUGGCAGGGGCCACAUUCAUGGCCGCUGGAGGCUCAGCCCCUGAGCUCUUCACCUCCCUCAUUGGUGUCUUCAUCUCCCACAGCAAUGUGGGGAUCGGGACCAUCGUAGGCUCUGCUGUGUUUAACAUCCUUUUCGUCAUCGGCACCUGUGCCCUCUUCUCCCGGGAGAUCCUCAAUCUCACCUGGUGGCCCUUGUUCCGCGAUGUCUCCUUCUACAUCCUUGACUUGUCCAUGCUCAUCCUCUUCUUCCUGGAUAGUCUCAUUGACUGGUGGGAGAGCCUGCUGCUGCUGCUGGCUUACGCUCUCUACGUGUUCACCAUGAAGUGGAACAAGCAGAUUGAGUGCUGGGUGAAAGAGCAGCUCAGCAGGAGACCAGUAGCCAAAGUCACGGCUCUGGGGGAUCUCGGCAAGCCCAGUGAUGGCACCACUGAGGAGAAUGAGCAACAGGAUAACAAGAAGCUGAAGCUCCCGUCUGUGCUGACCCGAGGGAGCAGCUCGGCCUCGCUGCACAACAGCAUCAUCCGCAGCACCAUCUACCACCUCAUGCUCCACAGCCUGGACCCCCUGGGGGAAGCCCGCCCCUCCAAGGACAAGCAGGAGAGUUUGAAUCAGGAAGCCAGAGCUCUCCCCCAGACCAAAGCAGAGAGCGGCCCGGACGAGGAGGAGCCAGCCGAGCUCCCUGCGGUCACGGUCACACCAGCCCCUGCUCCAGACAUCCAGGGAGAUGAGGAGGAGGAUCCAGGCUGCCAGGAAGAUGUGGAUGAGGCUGAACGUACAGGAGAAAGGACAGGUGAAGAGGGUGAAACUCAACCAGGUGAAAGGGAAACUGAAGCAGAAGGAAAAAAAGAUGAAGAAGAAGAAACUGAGGUAAAAAGAAAAGAUGAGCAAGAGGGGGAAACUGAGAAAGAAAGGAAAAAAAAUGAACAAGAAGGAGAAACUGAGGCAGAAAAGAAAGAUGAGCAAGAAGAGGAAACUGAGGCAGAAAGAAAAGAAGAUGAACAUGAGGGGCAAACUGAGGCAGAAAGAAAAGAAGAUGAACAUGAGGGGCAAACUGAGGCAGAAGGAAAAGAUGAACAUGAAGGGGAAACUGAGGCAGAAGGCAAAGAAGAUGAACAUAAAAGGGAAACUGAGGCAGAAGGAAAAGAUGAACAUGAAGGGGAAACGGAGGCAGAAGGAAAAGAAGAACAUAAAAGGGAAACUGAGGCAGAAGGAGAAAAUGAACAUGAAGGGGAAACUGAGGCAGAAGGAAAAGAAGAUGAACAUGAAGGGGAAACUGAGGCAGAAGGAAAAGAAGAUGAUCAUGAAGGGGAAGCUGAGGCAGAAGGAAGUGAAGACGAACAUGAAGCGCAAUGUGAAAUGCAAGUGGAUGACAGUGAGAUGAAAGAUGGUGAAGGUCAACCAGAAGCCACUGCUGAAAAUGAAUGUGAGGCCAUCCAAGGUGAGAAAGGUGCAGAUGGUGAAGGGGGAAGUGAUGGAGGUGACAGUGAAGAAGAAGAAGAGGAUGAUGAGGAGGAAGAUGAAGAGGAGGAAGAAGAGGAGGAGGAAGAGGAAAAUGAAGAACCUCUGUCCUUGGAAUGGCCUGAGAGCAGGCAGAAGCAGGCUAUUUACCUCUUCCUUCUGCCCAUCGUGUUCCCACUGUGGCUGACAGUACCUGAUGUGCGGAGGCAGGGGUCCAGGAAGUUUUUUGUCAUCACUUUCCUGGGAUCUAUCAUCUGGAUAGCCAUGUUCUCAUACCUCAUGGUAUGGUGGGCUCACCAGGUUGGUGAAACCAUUGGGAUUUCUGAAGAGAUUAUGGGUUUGACAAUCCUAGCAGCAGGGACUUCAAUCCCUGACCUCAUCACCAGCGUGAUCGUUGCCCGGAAAGGCCUGGGAGACAUGGCUGUGUCAAGCUCAGUGGGCAGCAACAUAUUUGAUAUCACAGUGGGCUUGCCUGUCCCGUGGCUCCUCUUCUCCCUCAUCAACGCACUGCAGCCUGUUCCAGUCAGCAGCAAUGGCCUGUUCUGUGCAAUUGUCUUGCUGUUUCUCAUGCUCCUGUUUGUAAUCUCCUCCAUUGCAUCAUGUAAAUGGAGAAUGAACAAGAUCCUGGGCUUCACGAUGUUCCUUCUUUACUUUGUGUUCUUGGUAAUCAGUGUGAUGUUAGAAGACCGAAUCAUAUCCUGUCCUGUAUCUGUCUGAUUCUGUCACUGAUGCUCAAGAUGGACAUAGACCAGAAGACCAUGCCAGAAGUUACUGUCCCUCUCGCUAUACCAGUCAAAGAAUAAACAUGAUCAGGAUUGUGAACUGGAUAGCCUAGACCCUCAGAAGCUACUGUCAUCGUGACUGGGGCUUCUCUUUGCAAACACCUUCACUCUUGGUGGAUUGAGAACAUUACCUUGGAAGGAGAGCUCCUACCUCUCAGGCAAGCAGCUGUCAUGCAGUCAGCAGGAGGACUCCUGCAGCCAGAGGGCUCUCCAAAUGAGACCCAGGGCUAAGGCUGGGACGGCAGAAAUGAGACAAGCAUACUUGCUCACAAUUCCCUGGUCACUUCUCAAGAGCCACUGGUCCAGGGAUACAGGUGUCAAAGGCUUGUUCUCCUGGCCACUGCCCCAAACUAUCCACCUGGUGCAGCUGUGAAGCCUGCAGUCAUUAUAAGCUCAGUUAAUGAGUUUAAGAAGCUAAGGCCUGGGGGGAGGGAGGAGAUAAAUUUAUCCUUCUACCCUAUAGUCCUGUAAAAUGCAUGCCAAUGUUUUCUAUGUUAAAAGACAUCAACUUUUAUUGUGUAUUUCUGAAACAUGAAAUUAAAACAGAAAGCAGCCUAAGAAAUGAUAGUGUAUGAUUUGCCUUGAACUAUAGGCAGAGAUUUGAGAAAGGAAACUAUUGUUAGGGCUAAUUAAAAAUAUGUCCUCACUGGAAAAUCCACAUUUGUUUUGUCUCCAUCAGUGGUUACUUCAAUGGAUUAAAUAUUCUGACACAGCUUCCCUGC